AUGACAGAAAAACAACAGCUCGAGCAAACCUAUACCAACUUCUUACAGGCCAGAGAGGAAUCGAUAUCUACUACAUCGAAUGUUCAAGAAAUUGUCGGAGAUCUCUUCAAAGAAAACAACGAUUGGCAUUUAGCCAAUAGCGUAUCCCAAGAUUUCUAUAUGAAAAAAGGAGUCGCUCUCCAAUUCAGAAGAAAAUUUGGACAAAUAGAAGAACUUCUAAAACAAAGGAAAAAUGUGACAGAAAUUGCGCAUUUAGUCCACAAUGAGAAAUACAUUCUAUAUCUUAUUACAAAAGCUAACUAUUUUGAGAAACUUAGUUACGAAAUCUUGUUUAAGACUCUAACGAAUCUAAAAACCUUUUGUCAAGAAAAUAAUCUAACCAAAAUCGCUAUGCCAAAAAUAGGAUGCGGGUUAGAUCAACUCAAUUGGAAUCAAGUUAAAUCUAUGUUAAGAUUCAUUUUUAGAGAAUCCAAUAUUGCUAUCAAAGUGUUUAGUAAAGAUCACCUAACACUUGAGGAAAAACUCAGACUCAUUAAAGAUUUCCAUGAUUNAAUCCAAUAUUGCUAUCAAAGUGUUUAG